AUGUUCCACGCCGCGUCCAUCGCCCGGCAGCUGCCCCGCCUCGUCCGUCGCCGGUACCUGUCGACCGUCUCGUCCAGCAACUGCUUCUUCCCCGGCACGUCGAUGCCGCUCGUCCCCCAUGUGGUGUUCCAAGACCCGCAACACAACGCCAUCCUCCCGUGUUUCCGCAUCAUCGACGAAGACGGAGAUGUUAUGGACGGGGCGACGGAUCCGCAGCUCAGUCGUGACCUCUGCACGAAGAUUUACCGCCAAAUGAUCCGCUUGAAUACAAUGGACAAUAUUCUGUACGACGCGCAGCGUCAAGGCCGCAUUUCGUUCUACAUGACGUCGUUUGGCGAGGAGGCCAUUUCGUUUGGUAGUGCCUCGGCGCUGCGUCUUCGGGACAUGGUGUUUGCCCAGUAUCGGGAGCCUGGCGUGCUCAUGUGGCGCGGGUUUUCGCUCCAGGCGUUUGCCGAUCAGUGUUUUAGUAACAAGGACGGACAUGGCAAAGGCCGUCAGAUGCCAGUGCACUAUGGCUCCAAGCAGUUCAAUCACCAGACCAUAUCGUCGCCAUUGGCCACGCAGCUUCCCCAGGCUGCAGGAGCGGCGUACGCGUUCAAGCUGGCCAAAGAAGACCGCAUAGCAGUCUGCUACUUUGGUGAAGGAGCGGCGAGUGAAGGCGACUUCCACGCUGCGCUGAACAUUGCCUCGACGAAGGAUUGUCCGAUUCUGUUUUUUGUCCGAAAUAACGGCUUUGCGAUUAGUACACCUACUGUCGAGCAGUUUCGAGGAGACGGUAUUGCAUCACGAGGCAGUGGAUACGGGAUCCCUGUCAUGCGCGUCGAUGGCAACGACUUCUUGGCUGUGCAUGAAGUCACGCGACGUGCUCGUGAGUUCAUAUUGAAGGAGAAUCGACCGGUGCUCAUUGAAGCCAUGUCCUACCGCCAGGGCCACCACUCGACUUCGGAUGACUCGACGCAGUACCGUGCCGUGGCAGAGAUUAAGCGCUGGAAAGAGACCUGCGAUCCAAUCGACCGGACGAAGCGCUAUUUGAUGAAACGCGGGUGGAUUACAGAGGAGCAAGACCGACACAUGCAAGACCAGGAGCGGACGAAUGUGCUUGCCGCACUGCAGCAGGCUGAGAUGAAAGAGCGGCCUUCGUUGGAAACGAUGUUUGAAGAUGUGUACGACGUCAAGACGCCGCAUCUCCUCGCGCAAGAGCGUGAGAUGUUGGAGCACGUAGCAAAGUAUCCUGACUACUACGCUGAAGAGCACUGA